UCAGACCCCUUCCUUCCCUUUCCCUACCCAACCCCUCCCAAAUCAGCACUAUCCUUCUGCUUAGCAAGUGGAUGCUCUCAAACAGUUCUGUCUUUUUGGCUUGGGGCCUCCUUUGCAUUUCAAUUUUAAGCAAGAAGCCUCUUUGCCAUUAUAGCUUUGUGCUAUAUAUGGCAGCCUCCUGCUUUGAACUGUGUCAGCACAACUGUCCUAACUUUUCACCUAGAUUUCAUUGUUUCAGGCCAAGGUGGCUUGUUUGUAAUUACAAUGAAAGCAAUGCUGAAUUUAUUUAUAAGCCUUGCCUUUCUGUCAAACGAAACAAACACUGGACUAAGUGUUAUGAGAAUUUCAUGUUGAAUUAAAUACAGCAGCCCAGAAACUGCUGUGCCUUCUGAUUCAUUUCCAGGUGCUGCAGAAAAUGUAUGUUUAAACAAUCACUUCAUGCAAGGACUAACAUGAUAAGUUGUGACCUUUUGAGCCAAGGCCUCAUGGUUCAGCAGUAGAGGCUGGUGGGAGUGCAGGACCGUGUCCUCUGAAUUUAAUUCUCUUCAUUGGUCCUACAGAGACUGAGGUGGUUGAACUGCAGUUCGUACUUCUAGGAGCCCAUUAUCGUUAUAGCUUGGGAAAUACUGCAAUUUUGAAGGAUGACCUGUUACAGAAAAGCAUAUAAAUAAACACUUGCUCCUAGUUAUGUCAUCCAUUUGAGUGGAAAUGGGCAAAAAUGAUGUUUUUUCUAUCAAAAAGAGGGGGGAGAGAGGGAUAUUCUUUUGUCUGUGUUUAUAGCAUUGUACAGGUAAUGGUGAUGAGACUGUCCCUAGAACAAGGGUUCUCAACCUGUGAGCAGCUCCCUCCUCCACCAAAGCUUAUACCUGCAGCCCUAAAGGGCAUUAAUAAUUGUUCUCUUCUGAAACUAGUGUGCACAUUUGUGUUUUUUAAAGGGGAUACAGUCUCAGUUGAGAAGAGUCUUAGCCUAAAAGUGACACCUCUCAGAUCUAGGAGAAGAGUUAAGAUUUGUUGCAAGGCACAGAACGAAGACAAUCUCAGAUGGCAAGGAUGCAAUAGGCCUAACAGAGAGGUUCUGUGUUUUGGGUAAAAUAUUGGGAGCAAACAUGGGGAUUAGCUAGCGUUAGUGCUUCAGAGGUGGAUACUGGUGGUAUGAUUUAAAGUGUCUUUAAAGACCGUGAGCAGCUUCUUGAAGAGAUACCACACUAAUCAUAGGAAUGAUUAGCAGGAAAAGAGGAGAAGGAAAUGCCAUUGAAGACUCAGUAUUUUGAUGGUAAUGCUAUAAAGGGAAAUAGGUGUCUUCUAGACCUUGCCUGCUGAAUAUAGGCAGAAACAGACACAUACCACUCUGGUGUUGUCUUCCAGGAUUAAAACCAAAACAAAACUUUGUCCCACGUCAGAGAAUCUGAGACCAUAGAUCUUUCCAUAGAUAUCCUAACUUCAGAAUUGUAUGUUAUUGUUUAGGUAGAUGGAAGGUAAAAAAAUGAAGCCUGCAAGGCAUUUUGAGAGCCACAAAUGGACAGUCAUGUGUAUCGUCUCCCCUCCAGUUUGUAAACAGGUUGAGAAUCCCUGUUUUAGAAUAUAUAAAAAUAAAUCUGUA